CUUACUUUUGAAAAAUUAAUGAUAACGGAGAGCACCAGCAUCAUCACAGUAUUAACCUCAAAGUCUAAAUAUACUUAUCGCCUUCAAAUGGGUAAGAAGAGAAGCCAAUCACACAUCACAUUAACAUAAAGCAUUUUAAUUAAAAAGUGAAUGCAUCAACUUAACUCCAGAGUAAUCGGAUGCUAAUUUCAAAAAUGUUUAACACAAUUUUUGCCUUUCUUAUGUUAUUUGGUUUAGGUAUUCUUGCGGAACGUCCUGAGUGGUAUCCAGAGAACGCCGCUGAAAUUGAUGCUGAAUGCAUGAAAAAACAUGUCUUGAGUGCAGAGAUAAUGGAGAAACUCAAAAACGACUUUACCUUGGAAGAUACUCCCACCAUGCGCUCACUUGUCUUUUGUUCCGCCUUAGGGAAACAGGUUUUCAGACCUAAUGUGGGAUUUGAAGCAGUACGAGUAGUUGAAGGUUUACAAGAAAAUGCUAAGCUUAACUGCAGCUUGGUAGCUGUUCAACACUGUGCUGAUCAAUUUAAAACUGCUAAUUCAAAUGAAGCCAUGUUCUUUAGUACCAUGAAAUGUUUAUUUGAUAACAUAAGUGAAAACUGUAGCAAAAUCAAAGAAACUGAAUAAAAAGUUUGUGGGUAACAUUGAA